GGUUUUGAAUUUCUUGUUGCUAUGUGACCUAAUAAAGCCAACUUUUUUUUUUCCUUCACCUUUUGUUGGCACCAGUGGCAUUGCAUAUAUCUCAGGACAGAGCCAAAGAGGCGCGGUCUCACGUCUGAAAUGGCCGCUUACCCUUGUCUUUCCCCGUUGGUGCUGUAGAGUUUUUUUAAGUUUAAUGGCCGCGAUAUCCAAGCUAGCUAGAGACAAUGCUUUAUUCUCGAGUCUCAAAUCCCUUGUAUCCUUGCAGAAUUAUGUGUUUCAGAAAUUUAAACAUACAUUUGUUGAAUACGAAGGUCAGUCUCAGGUUUCUGCUAAUACGGGUACUGAGUCCGUGAUCGAGGCAGGUCAAAUUGACUAUUCAAAAUGGAGGAAGCUGGACUCAAGGAACUUUGGGAUAAGCAGAUCAAUGGUACCACCAUCUGCAUGGGUUGUUCUGAAGAUUUUGCAGAGUGAAGGGUUUGAAGCAUACUUGGUUGGUGGAUGUGUCAGAGAUCUAAUUCUCAAUAGAAUACCAAAAGACUUUGAUAUAAUCACAAAUGCAAGACUUCCACAGAUAAAAAAGCAAUUUCGUCGUUCCCAAAUAGUUGGACAAAGGUUUCCGAUAUGUAGAGUACAUGUCAAAGGAUCUGUUAUUGAGGUAUCAAGUUUUGAUACUGUGGCAAAGAAUGCUGAAAAGGAAGAGGAACUCUUUGUUCCUAAAAUGCCUAAGGGAUGUGAUCAGAAAGAUUUCGUUCUCUGGAAGAAUUCCAUGCACAGAGAUUUCACUAUUAACAGCUUAUUUUUCAAUCCGUUGGUGAAUAGAAUCUAUGAUUAUGUCAAUGCAAUGCAGGACCUAAGAUCCUUAAAGCUGCGGACUUUAGUACCCGCUCACUUGUCGUUUGGAGAGGAUUGUGCAAGAAUUUUGCGCGGCUUGAGAUUGGCUGCUCGUCUUAACUUAUCCUUUACAAAGGAGAUAGAAGAUUGGAUGGAUGAAUUCUCAUCAUCCAUCAUGAGCUUGUCCAAGGCCAGAAUAAGGAUGGAACUAAAUUAUAUGAUGUCAUAUGGGGCUGCGGCGCCUUCUCUUUCUUUACUUCAGAGAUACAAUAUACUUGAGAUUGUGUUGCCAUUUCAUGGAGCAUACCUUGCUCAACAGGCUUGCAAACAAUUGGGUGACAGUUCUGUGAUGCUGAUGAAACUAUUUUCCAGCUUGGAUCAAUUUGUCACCUGCGGUCAACCUUCGCAUGAUAGCGUGUGGGUUGCACUCUUGGCGUUUCAUCUGGCAUUGAUCACUCAUCCUCAACAUGCACUUGUCAUCCUGACUUUUGCUUCUGUAUUGUAUCACGGAAAUUGGAAGGAAGGUGUUAAAUUUGCAGAGAAGCAUUCUGAAGCUGCAGCUAUGUAUGCACCUGAAGUCUCUGAUUCUCAAGUCUCCAUUUCAGAUGAUGAACUUGCAGAAAGACUUGCACAGCUGGCAGUGCAAGUCCAAAAAUCUAUAAACAUUUUAACUGACGGGGACAGCCUCCUGGAAGCAAUGUCCAAGUUCCCAGGAGCCCCAUGCUCUGGUUUGGUCUUUGUGUCAAUGAGAAUGGGCAAAGAUGUCGAGCUUAUGUUUGACAUUCUGGUCAAAGAUGUUACAUCUUUCAAAACCAGUAAGAAGAAUUUCAAGAUAGAUUACGAUUCUCUUGGGAAAGGACACGUGCGUGAGACAAGGUUCCUUCUCGGCAAAAUCAUCCUUGAUACCAUAGUUCCUGGAGUCUCCACAGGUGUUGAAGUGAUCGAAACGGAGAAACAUGUCCUGCUUGAAGGUGAUGGUCAACAGGAGACUUUACAUGGAAAUGUGGAGCUAAUGAAGCCAGAGCAUGUGUCUGAAGAAGAUAGUGAUCUUGAUGAAAAUUAUGAAUUGCAACACAACAGAAUUGAGAAGCAAAAGUUAAAUCAGAAGGGAUGCAGUGAUUUAGUGGAGGCAAUAACCAAGAAGCAGAAGAUCGUUUCUGCUGAGCGCUCUGAGGAGAUGGCUCUCAAGAAGCAAGAUUUGAUUGAUGAUACAGAUUUUCUUAGUCAAGAACUGGAUAGAGGGGAUACUGUAACUAAGAAGAAAAUUAAGGGUACGCGUACACAGUUGUUUAAGGAUGAAAUAAGGAUGCUGCUGGAAGAGGUGAAACUACACUGUUGUGAUGCAACAGGAAAGGAGAAAAAGGAUGAUGUGAAUUCACAGAAGACAUCUAUUAACCAUUUGAAUCUUUUGAUGAAAGAUGUGGCUAUUAAAGAUCACAAGUACACAAAGAAGCAUGAUUCCUUGCAUGAACAUAGUAUUGAAGAAGUAAAUGAGAAGUUUGAUAGUAAAAAUCACAAUUCUCAGGGGAAGAAUUUGGCUUCAGCUGAGAAGGGCAAACGGAAAGCUAGCGAACGGACGCUUUCAGCUCUUUUUAGGUGAAUCAAAUUCUGUUUAUUGUAAAUUAGAUAGAUAUUCUUCAAGUAGCAAGAGUAAACUUGGCAAUCUGUAUUUUAGCUUGUGGUUAAUCCAUUUUAAUAGAAACUAAAUCCAGGUACAUGGCAAUAGACCGAGUUCAUAGGUUAUUAUUGCCAUUUUGUGACAUUGAAAUAGUUUAUCAAUUGGCUACAACAAUGUAAUUUGUACUUUAUAUUACCUUGAUAAAUAUCACCCUUUUAUUUA